AUGGUAGUCAACACCGAGGCCGGCCGUCCCCGUGUCAAUAUGAAGGGGAUGGACCAAUAUUCUCCUAUGCACUGCCAGGCUCAGGGAGUCGACGAGUAUCCUUCAUGGAACACAAUGCCGCCCAUGAUGGCCGGUACGCCUGCAGCCACUACCACCACCAACGCUCUCAAGGUGCCAUAUCCUCACUUUGCUCUGGUUGGUAUCGACUGGUCGGGACAGCUCAAGUUCCAUUCUUCUCUCCUCGAAAAGUUCAAUGGCCCUGUCUUCACUUCGGAAUUCAAACAGUGGUUUGAAAGGGCUACUGGUGUCAAGGCUCUUGAUAGAUCACCCAUCUUUGCCGGAGACGACUCAUAUCAAGGAAGAUCAUGGUCUAUGGGCCAGGAGGUGGAUGUCUUCCCCAACCCAGCUUACCCCAAGAAGCGCCGUCGAGAGAUGAUUCACCACCAGGCUCCCAUAGAACCAGAGGAGCCCCAAGUCAACGAGAUGGAGGCUGUGGAGAUGGUGCCACUAGAGAUUGGAAACGAAGAGAAGAUCGAGGCAUACUACGAGUCAGCAUUUAGGGCCUUCCAACAGAUCAACUGUCGCCAGGUGGCAAAGGCAUAUAUCAAGAUCAUCGAGCCACGCAAGCAGGUCAAGCAUCCAUACAACGGUGGACGAGGAGCUCCAGGAGAAAAGGGUGACCCAGAGAAGACCAAGCCAGAUUGGUGGCCAACCGGUGUCAUCCAUAGGGAACCAGACCACUUGAAGAAGCCAGAACGGAUACGCCUGCUCGUCCACAUCUUCCGCAAGCUAGGAAAGACACAUGGUAUCACUGCUGACAAGCUAGAAGAGGCCGGACGAGAUGCACAGAGACAGAUAAAACCCCGUGAGAGACUUGAUAUCCUCGAUGAGAUUUACAAGGUCCGAAGGGCGGAGGAGUGUUACGAAAGGGGUGAAGCAGAUGCAAAUGCCGUGGUAUAUGUUGUCAACAGAGAUGCAAACACCAAAGCCGAACGAGAGUCCGAAGCAAUGAGUGAUGCUGGCCAGAACUCAGUCCUUGCAGAAGAAUCCAGAAAGGCAAUGGAAACCAAAUACUCGGCCCUCUCACCCUCCCACGCACCGAAGAGACAUUCCAUCGUCCGUGACCACAAGCCGCCUCACCUCUACCGCACGCCCAACCUGGCCGAUUUCAGCGGCAUGGAAAGCAAGCCCCCAACCGACCAAACAAUCGAGUACUUCUCCCAGCCCGAGUUCGCCACCUCCCCCGUCGAUGAGCACAUCAGCAGCACCAUGAGAGAUAGUCAUCACUGGUCCUCCUUCCAACAACCCCUAUACAGCCCCGUGGAAUACACUACAAAUCAUCUCGUCCCUCAACAACUACUUGCUCCCCCUUCCAUGGUCACCUCCGAACCCCCAAACUCUGCUCUCCAGCCGACUCAUGGCCUUCCCAUUCCUGAACCGCAUGGUUCAAGACAUCAGUCCUUCGACUACAUAUCCAUGGACAGCAAUCCUUUCAACGCCGGACCAAUGACACAUCCUCUACUACCGCAAAAUAGCCAGGAAUCCGACCCGGUUGCACGAUAUAAAUGA